AUGCUGGAAAAUUGGUCCUCAACUGGCACCCUCAACCGAGCCAUAGACCUGCAUCCCGCCUACCAUGCGCCUCGCGCUAGGCUCGAGUCAGUCCAGGCAAGGCCAAUGGCACGGGUGAAAGGAAUCACACGGGGUCGGCUACCGACGCUGGCGGAGAGGGAAGGCGCUGACCGAAAGUCACGUGACCGGCGUGGCACGCUAUCUCACGGUCGUACUCGCGAGGGCGGAAAGACCAUGCCUGAAGAGCGGAAAUCGAUCAGCCCGCCGUCUGACGAGGGGGAGGCCAACGAGCAUACCGACGCAGCGGCAACCACGCCAGGCAUGAGGGAGACACAAGGCACGCCAGUCCGCCAGCGGCCGGGAUCAGAGAUGCCACAAUCAGCCAACGGAAAACACGCUAACCGACGUGCGUGCGCCGGGCACGGUUAUAAUACGAGGCAGGCGGCAAGGCUGAGCAAAUCAGGGCCAGCAGGAAACGCCAGCGACCGACUCUGAUGAUGGAAACGAGAGUGUUUCCGAAACGUCAGUUUGAAUACACUCUGGUCCAUGAAAUCGCCUUCUCUUCUUCAUCUUCCUCGGGGGAAGCAAACACGGUAAUAUAUCUGGACCUGUAGUCUUUACGCAUAUUGAUGUAUAUAUAUAUAUAUAUAUAUAUAUAUAUAUAUAUAUAUAUUGCAUCCGCUUAACGUCUCCGUCUUCAUGCUUGGAUAAGAAUGAUGACGCGCCUAAAAACAGUGUUUAGCUCUUCUUACGAUUGGACUUCUCCCCAUUGCCUCACAUUACUUCGUGCCUGUUACCCUCAACUACAACUGACCUUAUUGAUUUAUGCGUCAAAUCCCUCCUCAUCGUAGUGACCAGCCUAAAUUUAAGUAAGCAGACGAUGUCCUAAGGGAGGAUUGGUGAGUAUUUAUGCGUGGCGGAGGAAUAGGAAUUUGGGCGAAUUCCAGACGAGAGAUAUUAAGGGAAAGUCUUUUGGCUAUGACGGGUCAAUCUGCGGACUAUCCUCGAUGGGUCAGAGAGAUGUAGAAGCGAGGAUCCUGGGAGAGCAUCGAUGACAUCCGAGAGGCGUUCUCCAGUCCCUAUUUUCAGGAUUUCUAGGCGACUCCGAAAGGAUCUAAUGUAAUAGACCACUAAAUAUAUAAAAUUAUUUUAUUGAAGUUCCAUCGGGGUCCCUUUAAAGCAAGUAAAAAUUAAUUUACAAAUUAAUUUUUGACGGGGUAGGCAGAUUCUCUAAAACAUGCCAUUGAAAGUUUCUGAAUUAGUACUUCGUCAAUAAAAAUGAUGAGCGAGGAGUGAACAAAACUCCACUGUAGAAUAGAACAGGAUUGGAUUAACUUAAAGGAGAAAAAACUGUCGCUUACGAAAGGACAAACCUGCGGCAGGACCGGCAUGCACGCAGCAAUGUAUAACGGAUUCUAAACGGACAUUGUCAGGGCAGAAAUAAAUGUCGGCCUUGAGGGGUCAAUUACGCGGGUCAGGCAGGACUGACCUGCAUGCGCUUUUGUAUAAGGGAUUCAAACGGACAUCUUCAGGGCAGAAUUUAUACACCGGAUUAGACCAUUCGCGAGAGGAACCCAGACGCGAUCAGUCAAAGUUCGCUUCGGAUUCAGCCGACAAUUGGGGAGGGGAGGUACGACCAAACUACUAGUAGACGGUGAAUACUGAGGCUUCCACCGUUAGCGUCGGCAGGCUGCUUGUGGUCGAAAUGAGGGUGGGAGUGAUAGAAGUGGAUUUUACAACUAAUUUAAAACAGGAGUUUCUAAUGGUAUGAUUGAGGGUUACCACUUGAUCUGUCACUAAAUUCUAGGAGGACCCUUCUUUUAUUCAAGAAACUGAGUGUUCGCGAAUGAGACCGUUAAAAGUGUCUUUCUACAUUCCGGUGUAAGGUGUUUACGUAAUUUCUUUUUGAAUACCGAUAACUUAACGAUUACCUAAUUUCUGGCGACAGAUUAUUCCAUAGAAAGGCAUAUUUGGAAGCAAAAAAGAGGGAGCGCUUAGAUGUAGUACAAAGAGGCGGCGGAAUCACCAUGCCGGAGUUGCGCGUGGCAUAAGACCGAUCUCUCGAAAUGAGAGUGUCAAUGUGCGGAAGAUUGGAGCUAGAGUAAGUGUGAAAAAGGAAGCAAAGGCCAGCUUCGAGUCUUCUGACCAACAAAAACUUAAUGUUCGCCAGCUGACAUCUCUGAGUAUAAGAAAUACCGGACGAAGCUUGAGAACACAGUUUCCGGAUGAAAACCCUCGGAACAUUGUCUAUUUUAUAGCGGUCACAGGUGUCCAUUAAAUCAAAGAAAGGACAGCAGUGUUUGAGGACUGGAAGAACAAACAUUUGAUAAGGUCUUCGCUUCAUUUCUGGAAGGAGAAUUCAAACAAUAUGAACCCACAUAUCUGUGCGGCCUUGGCUGAGAUUCGCUCUGUAUGAGGUGAUAAAAUAAGUUUAUUUGUAUAACUUAAACCCAGGCACUUUAUGGUGAAGCCUUCUGAAAGUUGGUUAUUCUGAAAAAUAAAGAGACCGGGAAGGUUGGCAGCACCAAAAGACAUGAAACUACACUUGGAUGAUGAAAAUUCCAUCUGCCAUAUUGAACCUCAUCUGCUUCAGCAAACACUAACAGUGUCCUUAGAAUAUGAGUAAACACAUUUGAGGUCAUCGGCAUAAAUAAGUUUGAGAAUUUCUGAGUUUAGUCGAGAUGUCAUUGAUGUAAAUAAGGAAGAUUAGCGGACCCAGAAUAGUGCCUAGACGUCCACCACUCGUAAUCGAGUGAGGUAUCGAGUAGCUAUUACCGACCAUGGCUUUCUGAUAUCCAUUGGAUAGAUAGGACCUGAUGAAGUCAAGUAGAGGCGGUCGGAUGCCGAGAGCUUCCAAUUUUACCAAAAGACGUCUAUGGGGCUACUUGUCGAAGACUUUGCUGAGAUCAAAAUAGAUAACUACCACUGACUUCUGUUCAUUACGAAGAAAAGUGAUUGGGUUAGGAAAUGUAAAGUGGCAAGUUUCGCAGUAUCGUUCAGGUAAAAAUCCAUACGGACUAGAGCUCAGAAGCUGAUCGGCUAGACAGAAGUCGAGAAUUUUAUUUAAAAAUAAUCCUUUCAAGAAGUUUUGCUGGAGACAGUGUUUUGUGCACGCCCCGAUAGUUAUUUACAUCGGACCGGGAUCCAUACUUGAAGACAGGAAUGAGGAUUGAAGCCUCCCGUGUUGCAGGAAAGAAUCCCUUUGAAAUAUAAACCAAGAAUAAAUGACUAAACAAUAUGGGAAGGUUAGAUGUUUGUUUAAUAAUCGAAUUUGUAAUCCUGUUCGUUUCCAAGCAGUGUGCGUUUUCCAAGCGGCUUAUGUGUUUUUAUAAUGAGAUCUGAGGAGACAUCGAUUGUACUCAGUAUCCUAUCUGAAAGUGAACGAAAGAAGGGGACUGGUUCGGACGCAGUAUUGAUGUGUUUUGCAAAGAAUGCACUAAACAACUCCGUCUUGUCAGUGUCAUCGAUUAGAAGGAUUUUGUUAUCAUUUAGCUGGAUUGGAAGUUCGUGACCACACUUAGAGUAGGAUCGAUGACGGAAGAUGUUAGCGACGGAUUUGCGAGGGUUCGAGUCACUGGGGGCAAGUGAUUCUCUUUGACUGUCGCGCGCUUGGCGCAUUCUUGAGGCCAUUUCAAAAAUCUCUGUGAUUCUAAGAUGAACGGAUAAAGAACUAGUGGAUAGGUCACGCAGCUGCUGUCUCAACUUUUUACUCUGUUGCAAAAAAAUGAGGAACAAAGGAAUCUGAAGCAUUAGACUUGAGAUAUGUACGCGGUACAAACUCUAGGAUGUCCUUGGAAAUAUUGGAGACGACAUCACAAAGAAUGGUUGCAUCGUUACGGGAGAGAAAGCCACACCAUCCAAUGAUCUAAUAUGUUUAUUUAUUCAGUCGUUAUCGACGCAAUCGUAGUUUGGGUAAGUCUGAACUGUGGUGGUUUUUUUGAAAUGGCAGGCGGUAAGCAACAAAGAAUUAAUACCUGAUCACUAUCAAAGAGGUUCUUUUUUUAAAGCAACAAAUGGAGGGGCAAUGUCAUUGGCAAAGAGUAGAUCUAAAAUGUGAUUAUUUUUUGUUGGAAAGCGCAGCAGUUGGAACCAGUCAAAAAAAUUGGCAAUAUCCUGGAAGGGCUGGAAUGCAGGUUGACAGAUAUCGGAAACCCAGUCUAUUUCAGGAAGGUUAAAAUCCCCCGUGAUUAUUUUAACAUCGAAAGCAGCUUCCGAAAUUAAUUUAAAGAUUUUGCAGAGUUGUGAAUCAUCAGUGACUGAAGAGUUUGGGGGAUUGUAGAUACAGCCAUUAAUUGCCUUUCUUUGCGGCGAGAGAAUAACAGACGUAAAACGGAAGUUUCGCGUGACAUCCAGGUAAUAGGGAGAGUGCUUUAGGUAGGAUUUAAGAUAAAGAAGACUACCACCCCCGAUCCUAGGCGUGCGGUCUUGACAGCAAAAAUCGGAGUUAUCUAUAAGAAGCACAAAGUCAGGAAUUAGAGAAUGGGCCCAACAUUCUAUUAUGCAUAUAAUAUCAGGCGUUAUUUCGAGAGCAAUGGCUCCGAUUUUGGCCAUGUUGUUUAUAACAGACCUGGCAUUCAGUAAUAUAAUAUCUAGGCUAUUGUCGACGGUAUUUAGAAAAAAAAAACGGAAGCGGAUAUGUAAGCUGUGGAUAAAUGAUGCUUGAAGAGAGAGCACCAGCUUGUCUAGAGUUAUUGAAGUACGGGGAGUAAGCAAGUGAAUGCUGAGCAUGAGACCUUAAGUAUGCGGAGAUAAAAUUGUCGUAAAUUGGAAUGCAGGGGGAGUUAGAACAAGGAUAGGCUUGUUGGUAGUUAAAUUAUGGAGGAGGAGGGGGGGGGCAUAGCCUGGACUGUUAUACUCAGACCCUAUUGAUUCCCAGACUGUUCCUUCACCAAGUUCCCAGGACACUAUACUAUGACUAGCAUCGGAGGCUAGCCCGGAUUGUUGGGAUCGUAAAGUGUGGUUAGAGUAUGAGGCUAGACUCUUAGUUCAGACUGUUCCUUCACCAAGUUCCCAGGACACUAUACUAUGACUAGCAUCGGAGGCUAGCCCGGAUUGUUGGGAUCGUAAAGUGUGGUUAGAGUGUGAGGCUAGACUCUUAGUUUGCAUUUUGGAAAACCAUAUUCCACUCAUUGUAUUCGCACCAUCUUCAACUAAUCUAGCACGCGAUGUAAUCUGGAAAAUGUCACCAAUUCCGAACUACGCCAAUUCGGCACAAGUCCGAUUGUUAAUAAACUGGCAGAGGAAUCAAAGAUGGCGUUAAAAUACGCCAUCGGCUGCACAUACCCAUGUCGAAAUUUUGACAUCAGGAGGAUAUCGUAUUGUUACUGAGAGCACUAGUACUCAAGACAACGUUGUUUUGUAUCAAAAAUUUGUGUAAAAAUUCCGACGCAGGUGAGAUUCGAACUCACGCGGGGAAACCCCAAUGGAUUAGCAGUCCAUCGCCUUAACCACUCGGCCACCGCGUCACGGCCUGUGCGCGCUUAAAAGUGCAUCACUAAUUUCUUGCAAUUCCUGCUGCAUAAUGUAGAUUAGUAGCAAUCUUCGUCACUCCUACGUAUAGCAAAACAAUAGCAGUUAAUUUAUAUCCACCAUAUGUCGAAAUUUCCAUAACAUUAUACUACUUAUAGCUCUUUCAGGCAUCCGAAUGUGUGCUUCUACAGGAGGGCGCGACCGAAGCAAGUAUUUUUUAGCCACUUUACUACUAAGCAAAUUCAAGGAAGGUUUAUCGUCGUCCAAGUUAAUGCAAUCUACCAUCCUUUUAUAAGUCUCAAAGGGGAUCCGAUCUGUGGUAUUAUGACUCCCACAAUAAUUAAUGCUUUGGAACUUGUCCUUUCAAUCUUCCUCUAUGGGUGAGCUCUCGGUUGUGUAUCAUCACCGUUCCUCUGGUUGAUUCAUCUCGAAUGAUGCUCUAAACAUUAGGUUACAUCGCCGACUACUCGCUACCGUAGGUGUGGCUUUGGCUGGCUGAUUAUCCCACUCUUUUCAGCCCAUCAGUAUCUUGACUUUCGGUGGACGGAAGGCGAACUGAGUGCUCCAGACACUCAAAUUUUGACCGUCGUGCAUUACGAGGCACUGAUGAGCCACCGUCGAGCCAUCUUCAUCACUCCUAAUCAGUUCAGUUUAUUUGAAACUGCCAAUUUGUCACAAGCAACGGAGGUAUAUCAAAAGUUGGGAACGGCAAUAUCAAACUGCUGCAGAACGAUUAUCGAACCUCUACAGACAAGCAAAAUACUUCAUUUGUUAGAAACACUGGCACUGUUUUUGUGAGUCUCCAAAGGGGUCCCUAAAUCCGACCUGACAUCACAUCUCCCACAGCCACUAAUGCUUUCGAUUUCAUCCUUUCUAUUAGAGCGAGUACGCGUAUGCUGUCCUUUAAACGCAUUCCAGGUUCCCCUGCAUUCGCAGCGCGCUGUAAUUUGAAUGUUGCUUUCCCUUCGGAAGCUGUCAGAAGCCUCCAGCAGUUAUUCCCACUGACCCAGAAAACUGCUCAGACUACCCAUCCCACUGAAACGACCAAUUGGAAAUUGUCAGAAGCGGUUAAAACCUAUCGAAUAUAUUUUUAUUAAAAAAAUGGAGAUGGCUAAACGGAAGACUUAGGAUCAUAACAAUGCCGUUAAAUGACGCUUCGUAAAUGAUUGGAUUCAAGUGACAAUCGGGAAACAGAAUAUUCCCCGACUGUGCCUAGUGAGUGAACAUUUUAUCCAUCUCGCAACAGGUUAUUCUGGUCGUCAGUUACGCACCCCUUCACCUCUUUCUCUCUCCCCACUAGUGAACGUCGACGACCUCCAGUUGAAUUAUCUGACGCAGAGGCGGACAGCCGAGCGACCCUCAUGAAGGACUGGACUUGCUAUCAGUGGUCCCUGGUGCGACAAGAGCGAGCCAAACUUGCCUCAGUGCAGGCAGCCCAGAAGCGAGCCCUGCGCCUCCUAUCCGACACUUCGCCCCGUCUCUACCUGGCAGCCAUUCAACCCUGUUUAGGCGCGAACGGUGAUCUGCCAAUCCGCUUUGCGGGUCCUUAUGCCACUCCGCCCCUACCGACAGACCUCUAUGAAGCACCGGACGGUGAGCGUGUGGACACAACGCACACCUUUGACUAUGAAUUUCAACUUGACCGCAAGUUCAUUGUGGACGCCAAAAAGAGCAAGUUCGUCUUGAUCAAGGGCAUUAGUGUUCCAAAAGCUGUGGACUCGUAG